GAAAGAGAGAUAGAGAGAGAGAGAGAGAGAGAGAGAGAGAGAGAGCUCAUUGGCAGCGUGCUCACCUGAUUUUCAUCUUCUGCCGCAUCAAAGGGUCAUUUCGCCCACGGCGCUGAGAAUGAAGUGAUCUCCCGCACCGCGCCACGUUCACCGUCACAUCUACAUUGACGCUCUUCGCUCACAAGACGACCAUGAAGAACAGCAAACCGAUUGUUCUGGACCGUCGCGAUUUUCAUUCCCUGCUGGAUGUGAUCGGUGGCUUCGGUGCCGUAGUCACCGUGGGGAUCAUUGCCAUGCUGUCGGUGUGCGCCGCGCUCUUCAUUUACCGAUCCUUUAGAGGUCAGCGCGAUAAGGGUGACGAGAAUAACGGGAAUGAAACGAAGGCAGCGUCGGGAGAAGGAAGCACGUCUCGGAGGAGGAAAAGAGAGAGGGAUGAUCGCCCUACCGAGUCAACAGGAGUAUGUCAGGAUGGAAAGCAGAAGAAGUGCAGUGAAUCCACUGACAGCAUGCUCCUUCCUACGGAGGUACCAGAGAAAGACCUGAAUGACAGCACUCUCAAGGACUUGGAGGAGAUCACAGAUGAUCUUCUAACGGACCUGGAACCUGAAAUGGGAGAUAAAACAGAUUCUGAUCUGGAUCAGUGUUUAGAAAUGGAUCCUGAUGAAAUCACGGAGUGUGAGGAAUAUAUUCAGCGUGAGGAUGAUGGUGAUGAUGAUGAUGGUGGUGGUGGGUGUGAGGUUUCGGCUGAUGUGAAUGUAGGUUCGACGCAGCCGGACGUCCAACGCGAUUCUGUCAAGAAGGAUACAGAAGAAUAUCUUGACAAGUCUGCGAGUGUAGAGACAGAUGAACCGUCUGAAACUGAAAGCGCUCGGGAGAUCAUUUAUCAGAAACAUCAAGAUCAUGUCAUUACUCAAAGCAAUUCGUCUUCAGUCAAAGCCCGUAAGAUCCAGUUAGAGGAAAACAUCAAGACAUCAACUGUGGAGGAAGUGGACGACACGAGCAAGAAGUUCGAAGACCAUCAUGAUUGGUGUUUUCCACAAACAGAUAAGUUUGAUCGCUGUUGCUGUGAUAAGAAGACAGAUACGGUUGAGAAAAUAAAAGGCCAGCCUUGGGUUGACAGUGAAAGCUAUGCCACAGACACCAUAAACCUGAGCCCGGCUGUGGAAACAAUGGUCAACCACAGCAGCAGGUUUGGCUUCCAGAACUACUCGGGUUUCCAAGCAGAUAAUACGUUCAUUGGUGGGUCUUCAACACAGAUGAGCAUCUCACAAGAGAAGAAAACUGAUGAAGAGGGUGCAACAAUAGAGAAGAAACAUGAAAAGGAUGAGAUCAGCAUCAUGGAAGCCAUUAUGGACAAUAAUGAGUGGCUAAAUGUUGGAGCACCAGAGCUGAGAGAUCUUCCUUGGCUUGCACCAACUGCAACCGAACAAAAACAGACGCAACGAGAAAAAGAAGGGCAAGUCAAGACCGGUUUAGCCAAAGAUGAUGAAGAACCAGCUAAUAAGAGAGUAGCGACUGUUCCCCCUUUAUCGCAAACGGUUAACGUAACCUUCAGGAUUCACUACAUCACAUACUCUCCAAGUCAGAUAGUGGCUGUUACAGGGAGCCUGGAGGAAUUGGGAGCCUGGAAGAGAUUUGUUCCACUACACACAGCCAAGGACGGGUUCUGGGCCAACACUAUCAGCCUCCCUGUGGAGAGCCAGGUGGAGUGGAAGUUCGUCCUGGUGGAAGACGGAAGGAUCUCUCGAUGGGAGGAGUGUGGAAACCGACCUCUCUUUUUAACAAGCCAGGAUGAAGACGUCUGUCUUGAGAAGUGCUGGGGAUGUUGUUGAACUCAGAGGUGAAUAUCUUCAAGGGCUGCACCAUCAAUCAAUAUAAAGCUGAAAAUCACGAUACGAUAAGUUUGUCUGUAAAUAAAUAAAGACAGCCAUAAAUAUUAGUAUUAUAACUUUAAGGUUGUAAAAUAAAAUAAAAUCAUUAUUGUUAUAUAAUUUUUCUUAAAGAUUCAAUGUUUUAUGUUAGUGAAAUAUUACAAUAGUUUUGAGCCCUGCAGAUGAAAAUAAAAAAAUAAAUCAUGCACACAAUUUACUAAUUCGUUCCCUUGAUGUACCUAAAUGUGCACGCGAUUACUAUUCCAUUCCCUCGAUUUGCUAAAUUGUGCGAACAAUUUACUAAUUCAUUCUCUUGUAUUAUAAAGUGAGAGAAAAAAUUAGUAAAUCAUGCGCACAAUUAUAAAUCGAGGGAACGAAUUAGUAAAUUGUGUGCACAAUUUGUAAAUCGAUGGAUUUAAUUAGUAAAUCAUGCACAUAAUUAUAAAUUGAGGGAAUUAAUUAGUUAAUCGUGUGCACAAUUUGUAAAUCGAGGGAAUUAAUUAGUAAAUCAUGCGCACAAUUAUAAAUCGAGGGAACAAAUUAGUAAAUCGUGUGCACAAUUUGUAAAUCGAGGGAAUUAAUUAGUAAA